AUGGUUCUUAUUUAUAAAAAAAAGAAGAAGGGAAGAAGUUAUCUGAGGGCAUGUGUGAUAGGGGCUGUGAUAAUUUUUCCUUUGUUUAGUUUCUUCUUGGGCUCAUGUGGAUCACAAGUUGGGAGGAAUCGAGGAGAAGCAGUUUUGGCAUUCCUGUCUGAACUCAAUGAAGAGACUCAUGGGGAGGCCAUUGAAGAGUCUGUGGAAUCCAUGUUAAAAUCUUCCCCCAAGUUUUUCUCCUCCUUCUCUGUUGUCAUUGCCUGCGAUCUUCCUGAAAAGAGGAGGAAAUUGUAUCAUUCGUGCCUCCCACAGCGCUUACCUUUGGCAUAUGAUGUAUGGGACACUCUGGUGGAGUCCCAUCCAGAUAACAUGCAUGAAGAUCUUCGUCUUGAAGAUCCUUUCCCUGCAUUGAAGAAGUUCUUUGACUCCGUUGACUUGGAGCAUUUGGAUUUCAAGUCCCACUCUCAUAUUCCCUAUGUGGUCAUCCUUUACAAGGCUUUAAAGCAGUGGCAGGCUCUAAAGUUUCCAUAUCUACCUCACAUCCCUACCUCAUACAAGGAGAAGAAUGAACUCAAGGACAUCAUUCAGCGAGGGAUGAGAAAGAACGAGAAAGAAGGGGAACAGGAGAACCACUUGGAGGCCCUAAGGGCAGUCAACACCGCGUUUCAGCCCAAGGAUGUAUCUCCUCAUUUAGAUGAUAUCUUUCAAGAUGAAGCAUGCAGAAACCUCCAUACCAAGAUGGAGGUGCUACCAUGGCCAGACAGCAGUGCUGAUAUGUUGCCGAUCAAGAUUAUCUGGGUUAUUGUGAAGUCUCGCAUCAGAAAGCAACGACUGAGAGCCAAAGAGGGAUUACAGGCAACCCUGCAGGAAUUUUUGGGUGCCACCACUUCAGACCAAUGCGCCCAUCUCGUCUCCAGUUUGCCUGAAGCAUUGGAAGCCCUAGUCACGUCAAGAGAAAAAAUUUUGCCUUUUCUGCAGAGUGGAGACUUCUGGGUUAUGGCAAGUGCAGUGAAGGAUUUUGUUAAUGGAGAUGGUCAUGGUCGUUUGCCUGUGAGAGGGACCAUUCCAGAUAUGACUUCAGACUCCGCACAAUACAUCGCUCUGCAUGACAUGUAA